AUGGUGACGGCAGUUGCUGCCCCUACUCUUGCAGGAAUGUCCUUCACACCAUCGAUUGUAGAGUAUGUCACACCAGAGGUGCCAUCCGUGAACUUCUUCGUCUCGGUUCAGGGCACUACAACAGUGACCAACUUCACAUUGACAGUGUGCUCGACCACCAUUGCACUUGGUCGUGAUUCAAUCACCGUGGACAACAUAGGCAAUGUCUGUAAUAUAACUGCAUGCUUCCCAGUUGAUCUUAUUACAGACAAGUGUGGAGCCACCUCCUCAAUGACAACAGUCAUGGCACCCAUCGCCAUCUCCCUCGUCGACAUAGCCGGCACAACAUCAUUCACAUCGCCUCAACUCACUAUCAUGUUCCCAACAACCAAACUACAACUCACAUUUGAUUUGACACCACCUGUUAUUGGAGAGUUUAGGUAUCUCACUCGAAAUGACACGAUCAUUGUGUCUGUACAGGUCAAUGACACUCAGACACAUGUCAAGUCAGUGGUUGUAUUGGUGACUGAUCAAUCAAACGCGGACAAUAAUAUAACAUUGUCCAUUAGACCCGAUGCCAACAACACAUAUUAUGGUCAACGCAAGUUUGACACAAGUGCCCAAGGAAGUGUAUUCCUCAUCCAAAGAGUGACUGCCACUGACUAUGCCAACAACGUCGCCACCAAGUUAUUCCAAACCCCCUUCUCCGUCACCUUCCCAUCACCCCCUCCCAAGCCUCCAUCAACAUUCCCCACGGUAGUGAGCGCUAUUAUCCAGAACAUCACUGCUGAGGACAAUGCACAUUUUAGCACUGUGAGGAUGGACAUUACAUUGUCCGUGCCAGUGUUGCCAAUCAUUCGCACAGUGGUCUACUUUCUCAACUUGGAGCUAAUACCUUGUAAUGCUCAGUAUGAUGGCAACACAUCAGUGGUUGCAUACUGCACAUUCUUCCCAUAUCCAAUGAGGACACUCACUCCAACACUCGAACUAAUGAACCAGUUGGGCGACCUCAAAGUGUACACAUUGCCACAAGUCUACAACCUUGCUGGUGCCAUCACCAACAAAGUGAACUACGGCGGCUCGACGUGGCUGGUCAACCCCGGAGGCGGCAUCAACGCCUUCCUCCCAUUCACCCAACAACAGAACAUUACUUUCAACACGACAACUGGCACUGUGUCACCAUUGCUCUUUGGCUACAGUCAAUGGGCUGGCUCAUUCUACGGUUACCACCUGAUCGAAGGCAACCUCUACAAUGGAACGAUCAGUAUCAUCGCCCAGCUCGACUCGGCCAAUCCUCCCUACGGUGCCAACAACAUCAUCACGCUGAUCAAUGAUUGUUAUUACCAGCCGCUUCAAAUGUCUAUUCCAGCACCAGAGAUCACAGCGCGAGUGGACCCCGCGGCCAACUUUGUGAUCAGCAAGUUCAGUGCGCCUCGCCCAACAAUGGACACGGCCAACGCAACAAUCACCAGUAUCCCUAUAAUACUUGAGACCACAUCCAACUUGCCAGUCUCAUACAUUAUCCCAAGGGAUGCGAUUGGUGGAACAGUCUCUGGAUACAUCUAUGAACGAGAGAUCAUAUCGAGUGGCCAGUCCGCAGGUGUCACCGCCUAUCAGACCAGUAUGCAAUUGGUGUCCGCCGAGUACAUGCGACCCAGGGCACUCAAUGUCCAACUGAUGACAAGUCUAGGACCAUUCGCGACGGCCUACUCCCAAUGUCUCUAUCUUCGCUCGUCCACACCAAACAUUGCGCCAGUCGUAAAGUCAUUCACGAUCUAUCCCAAAGUGAUUGAUACCCGUCAGAAGCCAGCGCUGUGUACAUUCAUUGUAGUGCUGAACAACACCAUCCCAGUUGAUGCUGUGUUUUUAAAGUUGGGAGGCAAGUGGACUCAGGAGUGCUACUUGUCAUCAUCCAACAGCACAGACAGCGUCUACUCGUGCACAAGACUGUUCCCCAAGCUGUCAAUGUCACUCCGCGAUGAUGACGUCUCACUCCAGCUCAACUCAAAGUAUGAGUUCUACUCAGUUGGCUCAGUAUUGGACUUCCAAGGCAUGAGUCGCUCGUUUGAAGUGGUUGGCAUGUCAAGUCGCGACUCCAUGUUGGCCGUGCCCAACGUUGUUCAGUACACAUACGAUAGUUCAUCGACCAAUCUCACAUUCCAAGUGCAGUCCACUGGCGCACCAAUCUACUCAGUCGAGGUCAUCGUGACCAAUGGCCCGAACGUACCAUCCACCCAAUUCCGCCAAUCAGUCUACCGCACAUUCCAUGCUGAUGCCGAGGCAGUCUUUACCGAGAAGGGUACCGUGUCACUUGGUACACUACCAUGCACAGCCGCAUCACUCAAGACACCAUCGGUUGACAACCAACUACAGGUCAUCAUCAAUAUCGUUGAUGUCAACGCAUAUACCUACACGAUACCAUAUGGAAAGCUGAGGGAUCAGUUCCCCUCGGUCGUAGUCACGCCACCCGUGUGCAAGGACAACGCGCCACCCAUCAUCCAAAGCGUGAAUGUCAAUCCAACUGGCAUCCAACAGACCACUUCCAAGGGAUACACACUCACUGUUAACAUGCGAAUCACGGACAACCUUAGCGGUGUCAAGUCGGUCCGCAUGAUCAUCACCACGCCAGGCUUCCAAAGGUGGGAGUACACUCUGACAUCGGCGGCCAACCUCUCGACGGGCAGCGCCAACGAUGGUGUAUACAAGAUGGCAAUGUACUUGCCCGCGCACACAAUCAACACCUUCUCACUAUCAGCAUACGUCAUCGACAACAAUGACAAUGGCAGGAUGUACACGGCCAAUGACAUGUUCUACUACUUUGGCAUUGGACCACUCAUUCUUCAAUCGACCAUCACUGAUCCCGUACCAACAUUGCAAUCCUACACCUACAACUCACCAAUCAACGAGGGUCAGAAACUGGCCAUGACCAUCACCACUGGUGGCGGCUCGUGCAAGGAGGUAUACUUGUCAUUUUACACCAUGGGCAUUGUCAACAGACUGGCCGCCAAUGCAUCUGGAAUGGCUGGCAACACGUGGUCAAUCAACUUUGCACCAUAUGUGUUUGGCGAACAGUUCUUCACAAUCACUUUGGUUGGCAUCGACAACUCGGUGACGACCUACACAACGGACACAUUGCCACAGGGCAAGUCAUACUUCUAUGUGCCACGUGGCAACAGUGUUACCGGGCUCAAGUUGUCAGGCCUGUCAACAACAGUGGAUGGCUUCUCAAUCACUGGUCAGGUAUCAUUCAAUCAACAAUUGUUAUCAACUGAUAUUGUUAGAUGUGUUGUCACCGAUGUAGAUAACAACAAGGUGUACAAAUCCAAUGUUGACCUAUCAUCAUCUAUGCAGUGUGCACUACAAGUGGACUCAUUCACAAGUGAGACCAGACAUUAUACUUGGUCACUUGAGAUCCAAUACUAUGUGGGCACAAGAUACAUGUUCAUACCAACCUAUGAACUACUCUAUGGAUACAUGAUUGAUGGUGCACAAUUCCAGAUCACUGCCACUCAGUCCUCGGCACACUCUACCACACAAGCUUCCACCACCCAAGCCUCCACCACCCAAGCCCCUUCAACGACAACAACAACAACAUCGCCAUCUACUACCGGUAGUCAAUCAACUACUACAUCAUCACAAUCAACUACAACAUCCUCGCAGACAACAUCAACUAUAUCAACAACUACAACAACUCAGAAUCCAUCGAAUGGUAACAUAUUGUCCCCACUCAGUGCGGUUCAUCAACAACUUGUUGUAUUUAUCCUUAUCUUGUUCAUUACACUUUAA